AAUUACUGUUGAUGAGCGACUCUCGCUCUGCUUGGAGAGCUCAGAGUCAUCAUGACGCGAGCCGGACCGCCUAGUGAAAAUCUUCCAACUAUUUAGAUUAUCAGAUGACUAUAUUCAGGGACAGUGAUAGUGUAAAGUUAGUUGUUGUUGGCGAUGGUGGCGUUGGAAAGAGUGCAAUCACAAUCCAAUUCUUCCAAAAAUUGUUUGUAACAGACUAUGAUCCCACCAUUGAGGAUUCUUAUAUACAACAUACGGAGGUGGAUGGUCAAUGGUGCAUACUUGAUGUACUGGACACAGCUGGUCAAGAAGAGUUUAGUGCUAUGCGGGAACAGUAUAUGCGAAAAGGAGAUGGUUUCCUGCUGGUGUACUCCGUAACUGAUAAGCAGAGCUUUGAAAACAUCCGGCAUUUCCACACCCAGAUCCUCAGAGUUAAGGACCGGGAGACAUAUCCAAUGCUGAUCGCUGCCAAUAAGGUGGAUUUAGUCCAUUCGCGUGUAGUAAGCGAAGAGGCAGGUCGCGAUAUGGCGAGACAUCUCAACGCGCCCUACAUCGAGACCAGCGCUAAAGAGCCGCCGCUUAACAUUGAUGCUGCAUUCCAUGAGCUCGUUCGUAUCAUCCGGAACCAUCCGCAGCAGGAGGAGAAACAACGUCGCCGAAGGAAGUUUUUCACUAAAUGCCAAAUACUUUAGGAACAACUUAGUCUAAAGAUAACAACACAAGAACCAAAUACACCAAUAAAAUUAUUUAUUUGAUAUGAACAUGUUCUAAAUGCAACAGAUACUGGAAAGAAAACAGAACAGAAUGUGCAAUAUCCAAAAUUGUUACAAUAUUUGCUGUUAAAGUGAAAAUAUCUUUCAAUUUAUCAUCGGUUCAUUUUCAAAUUGUGGUCAAGACAUGUUAAAGAUUAUUUUUAUGACUUAGAUUUAAGUUACAGUAUUAUCUAUUAAUUUCUAUGUAUAAAGAUUUAUGUCCAAAGAGUAUAUGCUAAAGAAAAGUUAUUGUGGCUUGUUGAAUGUUAUAAUUUUAUUUAUUUAAAUUAACAUAACUGUUACGCCCCAGAGGCGCCUCGAUUACUCACUCAUAGAAUAUACUAGAUCUGAUUAUGUAAAAAAAUGCUGAGAGCAUAAACUAUAUUUUCUUAGAAAUAAGUAAUGUUCAAACCAAAGAUACUCCUAGAGCCUAAAACAACCCCACUACGCAUGAGAUGCACAGAUUUACGUUUUUGUUUAUGUUUAUGUAUUCAUAGACAUUAGGGUUGACUUGACAAUUGUCUCGUUUGCACACAUUGAGUAUGCAUAAAUAUUAUAUUAUAUAAUUAGUAAAGCACAAAUGGAUUUUCGCUAUUAUAAGUUUAAAUUAUAAGUUGAAUUAUUAGUUAGCCAUUUUGUUUGUUUACAUAGACAAAUCUCUAGAUGGCGCUUUGAGAAAUAAUGUUUCAUUUAUUAAAUAAUUUAAUAUUAUGCUUUACUUUGGGAAAAUUUUAACAUUGUUAGAAACCUUGGGUACACUGACGCCUACAUUGCUGCCAGAGAAAAUACCAAAGCAUUUAUAUAUAGUUUAAACGAACAAUUAUUGUGUGUUAGCAUUCUAUAUAUACUUUUAAUUUAUUGUUAUCACAUCUAUGUUGAAAUAUACUUUUCUUCAUUUA